AUGAGUGAAUGUUUGAAAUAUCACGACCCAAAUCAAGUAUGCAUGGAACAUGCAAUUAUUUCACACAAUAUUGAUUUUGUUACAUUCUUGAUGAACGAAUAUAAAUUAGAUAUAUCUUUAUAUCAUUGCACAGUUUUUAAAAACCUUGAAUCAUUUUAUGUUUAUUUCGACCAAACUAAUGAUAUUAACACAUGUUUUGCUUAUUCAUUGAAGUUUAAUGUUACAUCCCUUUUCGAAUAUUUCUUUUCACUUGGUGCUGAUAUCAAAGCAAAAAAUGAUUGUCAACAAACCGCUCUUCAUUGUGCAGCCGAUAAUAAUAGUAAAGAAAUGGCUGAAUUUCUUAUUUCACAUGGUGCAAAUGUCAAUAAAAAAAGAUAA